UCUGAAUGCUGUUGACAUCCUCGCGAAAGGCACAACGAAGAUAAUGCAUAAGAUGGAUUUGAUGGAAGCAGAGAUUCAUGAACUUCAGGCGGCAAAUGAGGCCCUUAGCAAACGCCGGAGGGCUAAAAAAACACGUCUAAGGAAAGGAGGGUCACUUUCUAUACAGGAAGCUCAAGAAUUAGGGGAUCAAAUGGAGGUUGAGGUACAACUGAAGGCGGAAACAUGCAAUGGGGCUGGUCAGCAACUGCAGACCAAGACACGCGCACAGCGCUGUGGCAAUUGCAGAAAAGCUGGACACAAUGCACGUUCCUGUCAGAUAGUAGUAGAGAUGUCUGAGGAAGGCGAUUCUGGGUAAUUUUAAUGGAAUUUAUGUGCGUUGGUGGAAAUAUUGGGGUUAAAGUCGCGGCGGAGCGAUUUCGUGUGACAUUCGCCCGUGUGUGACAUUCGCAUGUGGGUCACGCUAUAU